AUGGUGAGCGUGUAUCGGGUGACAGUGAACCCGGAUCCAGGAUCUGGCAUGGCACCGAAGGUGUCUUCAGAAGCACGAAGCUCUGAGGAUGCGGGGGUGUUGGAGGCGAGUGCACCUUUGUUGAAGCGUCCUAAGACCAGCGAAGGAAGUACUGAUGAAGCGCCUGCCGCGGAGUUGAAGCCAGAUGUGAUUGAUGUGGAGAUGUUUGAAGAUCCGAGUAUCCCUUAUGAACAGUUCCAGGAUGAGGAGAUGCUUCCGGGAUACUUUGAGGAGGUGCCAAAGCUGUCAAGUGUUGUGAAUGCAGUUCUUAUUGAUAAGAAUGCUGCGUUUCCGGAACAGAUGAAGGUGUGUGGAUCCAAAGUUUGGCUAGCAAAGAUGAAGAGUGCGUUGUCUGAGUUGGAUGGGUGUCCUUUGGAUGUCUUGUCAGCCAUGGACGGUCGACGUACUGAGCUUUUGAGCAUGGAUUCACACAAAGCAGGAAGGAUUGUGUCUGCUGAUGAGGCACAUUCGUUUGCCAAGAAGCAUGGGAUAAGAAUCAUCCCUACGCGAUGGGUCCUUGGGCCUAAGGUCGUGAAUGGGAAAGGGGCAGUGCGCGCCCGAUGUGUGGUGCAGGAUGUGGCAAUGGGUAGUACUGCAUCAUCGCUAGGUUUGAGUGCGACCACGCCGUCGCUGGAGGCCUUGCGAACUCUUCUGGCUAUUGCUGCCAAAGAGUCGAUGGAUAUUGCUACCUUAGAUGUCUCGACUGCCUUUUUGCAUUCCCCAUUGCCAAAAGGUGAGAAGGCGGUGAUCAUGUUACCGCGAGAUGUGAGUUCCAGCUCUGAGGGGUAUGUUCCUGUGUAUAUGAUUCUGGAUCAGGCGAUGAAUGGGCUGAGAGUUGCAGCCAAAGCUUGGAACUUGAAAUUGGCGAAUGUGGUGAAGAAGGUUGGAUUGACGCAGUGUCCGACUGAACCGUCUGUUUUCGAAGGAACUGUGAAAGGGAAACGGUUUCUCAUGCUCUGUUAUGUGGAUGGUUUGAUCCUGUGUGGAAGCCCAGAGGCCAUUAAGUUGGUCACGGAUACCUUGAACGGAGAGCUCAAGAUCAAGGAAACGGGACGAAUCACGCCCAAUGGUGGAAAGAUUGUGUUCUUGGGAAGAGAGAUCGAGAGAGUUGGAGAGCAUCUUCGGAUGAGAGUUCCCCCGCAGUACAUGGAAAGUUUGUUUGAGACAGACUUUUGCAAGGAUCUGAAGGUGUUGAGUAGCCCUCCGGAUAUAGUCAAGAUCAUCGAAAAGGGUCGCGCUGAGCCUGAGAAGGAUGGUUUGUUGACGGAGGCUGCUGCGAUGCGCUACCGAGCGGUUCUUGGAAGGAUUGCUUGGUGGGGCCAGUCCCGUCCGGAUUUGGCUCGUUGGAUGUCCAUUUUAUCCCAAGGACCAUCAAGGAUUGAUAUCUAUGCUGAUGCCAGCUGGGCACCACAAGCUGAAUUGAGAGCGAUUCUCACUGCAGUUCAGGAAAGCGAAGGGAUUGCGACUUUGAUUGGGCAGCUUGCGAAUGCGAAGGUGGAAUUGGUUCUGCACACUGAUAGUUCAUCGGCAAAAGCCGUGCUCUUGAAUCGAGGUUUGAGCCGCAGGGUUCGACAUUUGGAUAUAGCUGUUUGCUAUCUACAGGAAAGAAUUCAAGAGGUUCCUGCUGGGCAGAACCAGGAUGUUGCUGCACCGUUUUGGUGCAAGACGUGCAAGUGGUUGUUCAAGAAUGAAGGUGCCCAUGGGUUGAACAAAACCCCUGAAGGUUUUAGCUGUGGGAAGUGCAAGAGUGAGAUCACCGUGAUGGGAUCUGCAGCUCAGCAUGCUUUCAACAUGCGUGAGAAGGAUAAAAGCAAGCGCUGGGGGUCGAAGGGUGAAGGCAAAGGCCCCACUUCAGAAAAGGCGCCUAUCACGCCAGCGCACCAGAGUGAAGGUGAGGUGCCUAUCACUCCAGCCCCUAGGGCCUCGGAUCUUCGUGAUCAGAAGGGUACCCCUGAGUGGUACAAUGAUAUGCUUGAUGCGGAGUGUCGAAAGGGCAAGCCGUAUCGGGAGCUGGUGGAUAAGUUUGAGAGGUUCAUCUCCUUGUUGAACGAGGAGGGAAUGACUAAGUACGGCCAGGACUACACGUCCUUGAAGCACCAGAACAGAGACCUUUUUACGGCUUGCGAGGAAGCCGGGAGCUUUGCAGCUUUGGAGAAGAUGAUCAUGGUGAUUGACCUGAGAGGUCAAUUUGGUGGCCAGGCUGCGCUUGGGAAGUAG